UUGUCAUUCUUUUCCGGCGACAAGCUGCUUGGAGGGCCGCAGGCGGGCAUAAUCGCAGGCGACAAGGCGCUCGUCGAUACUGUUUCGCGGCAUCCUCUGGCGAGGGCGAUGCGCAUCGACAAACUGAGCAUGGCUGCGCUGGCGGCGACGCUGGAGCAUUAUAUUCGGGACGAGGCGUUGGACAAAGUACCGAUAUGGCGGAUGAUUGCGAUGCCUGCUGACGAAGUGAGGGCGCGUGUCAAGGUAUGGGCUGAGAAGAUUGGAGAACAGGCGUCGCCGAUGAAGGCGCAAUCGACUAUUGGCGGCGGCAGCCUGCCCGGGGAGACACUGCCUACCUGGGCAUUGGCGAUUGAGUGCGACGGCGUAGAUGGUGGUGCGGAGGUAGUAGCGAGGCGGCUGCGAGAGGCAGAUAACCCGGUUCUAGGGCGUAUUGAGGAUGGGCGAGUGCUGCUGGAUGCUCGUACUGUACUGCCGGACGAGGAUGACGCGCUAUUGAAGGCUGUGCAAUCAGCGUUGCAUGGUCAGGAAUAA